GUCAAUUGUAGGUCAAGCUAUCAUGAGUCUUCCUGGAUGUUGGUUAGUUUCUGUAUGGGUUCGAGUUCUCAAAAUGCUAGAAUGGUAUUUCUCAAGCUCGAUAUUUAGUCAAAGCAUAAUACUAAUUGGCAACGAUCAUCUCAUUCGUCGUUAAAACAAACUACAAUGGCUUUUCACAUGUUAUUUUUAGGUUAUCACUAUCAAUGAAUCAGGCAAACAUUUUAUACUCCACCUAAUAGCUAGGAAUAUCUCGCAUCCGGUGAUAAGUUCCUUGGCCUUUAAAUAAUAACUAAAGGUUCGGGUCGUAUAUUAUCUUAUUUGACCGAAUUUCCCUCAAAUUCAGCAGAUUAGGUUGUAACUGCAAGUGACCUUGAAAAUAUCUUUUUAUGACGGAUUUUACACUCGUUAAAAUGAUGCCCAUAUUAUAUGAAGGGUCUGUUGAUAAAAAAGCAUUUUAUAAAUGGUCAAAACCAUCUAAUCAUUUUAACGAAUAAGUGAACAAUCAGCUUGAUUCCCUUAGCCACUAACUUUAGUAGUAUAUUCGGCUUUAACCGAAAUUUUACAUGUAAAUGAUGCCACCUGUUUAUGCAAAUAACACUAGUUACUCGUAAAAAGUUAAUUACUUUUGUUUCAUUAAUCAGAACUGAUAUCUAUCGUACGUUACCUAAUAAUUUCGAGGACCUAGACUGUGAGUAUGGCUGACAAUUAUAAAACUGCUGAUUCCGAGUCGGUUACUGAUGGAGACGUUCGGUCUACCACAUCACAAAAUGACCAUGCCAAUCAGCCACGAGACCCUCAUGCGGUGGGGAAAAAAAUAAAUGAGUACCAGGCACUAAUGAGUUUAAUCAAAGGUAAUAUUGGCACUGGCAUACUUUCUAUGCCAGUUGUCCUGAAAUAUGCUGGUCUAUGGACUGGGUUUACUAUGAUCAUAUUAUCUGGGAUUUUGUCAACGUACUUAAUGCAUGUUCUUUUGAGAACUGCUAAUGCAGUCCAGCAAAGACAUAAUUGGGAUAGAUCAAGAAUGGAUUAUGCGGAAACUGCAUUUCUAGUGCUCAAAUAUGGUCCACAAAAAUUAAGAAAACCCAAAGGGAAGUUAAAACAUACAGUUAAUGGAUUUUUGAUUGUGACACAAAUUGGCUCAUGUUGUGUUUACACCUUAUUUAUCACGGAAAAUAUUCGUUAUGUAGGUUUAUGA